AUGCCAGGCCCUCUUUCCCUCUUCUCCGUGAAUGCGGUUCUCGUCAUGUCCGCGGACGACGGCUCCCGAAUCUUCACCAAGUACUAUUCGGGACCUCAUACCCCCGCCGGCACCGCACCCAACUCCGACCACCCAGGUGCCAACCCCUACCCAACCGUCAAGGAGCAGCGCGCCUUCGAAAAGGGCCUCCUCGAAAAGACCAACAAGUCUGCCAGCGAUGUGAUUCUCUACGACAACCGCAUUGUCGUGUUCAAGAUGGAAAGCGACGUCAUGCUGUACGUUGUCGGAAGCGCCGAUGAGAACGAGGUCCUGUUGUACAAUGUCGUGCUCUCACUACGGGAUGCCCUGGGUAUUCUAUUCAAGGGCGCAACCGACAAGCGCACCAUCGUCGAGAACUACGAUCUUGUUUCCCUUGCCAUUGACGAGGCUAUCGAUGACGGCAUUAUUCUCGAGACCGACCCCGUCAUGAUCGCUUCGCGUGUCAGCCGCGCGCCGGCCGCCGAUGCCCCCAACAUGAAGAACAUCGACCUCACGGAACAAGGUCUCAUGAACGCCUGGGAGUUCGGCAAGCGGCGUCUUGCAGAGGGACUGCGCCAAAUGUAA